UACGUCGAGGUAGUUCUUGGUGCAACAGCUAAGUUUGUUAGCUUCAUAGUAUCUAAACAGUACACGGUACUUUAUGCUAUAGGAGCGCCUAAUGACAUGACUUUCCGAAUUACAUUCACUAUCCCCUUGAUUUAAUGUGCCAGGUCAGCCUUUUGUAGGCUAAGGUGAGCUUGCUAGGCAACGUUAACGUAGGUAGGACCUAGGCUAGAGGUUAGCUAGCUAACGUUAACAUAAUAUUAACCAUCGAGAAUAAAAAAAACUUAUUUAGCCUAGUGUGCUGAUUGAGCUUUGAUGUUGCCUGUCCAGUGUUGUCUUUCUUUGCGGUCUCAUUCAGCGAUAUAUUUUGCUUGUGUUUAUAUUGAUGUGAGUCGGUGUCGGGGCGGGCAUGCCUAGUGUUAAGGCUGUCAGUGAGACCUCUGCAGAGUGGCAUAGGCUACAGUUCGUUUCUGAAGAUUUGACCUUAGGUAAUGUUAUGCAAGUUAGAGACGAGGUAUUUAAGGAAUGGACUGGUUUGAUGAGAUUUGUAUAUUUUCUUCUCAAUGUUGAUGCAUAAGUAGGAUAUUAACAAAAAUUCAGAGUCGGACCUCAGGGGAGUUAAGGGUGAAAUUAAACACUUCGUGUAAAGUGCUCUCCCAUACAGAUCACCAAACAUGUCGGAGACAGUCAUCAUCACUUUUCAGACUCAGUUGUCUAAUGUCUUGGAGACCAUUCUUAAAUCUGCAAUGUACGAGAUCACCAGGCUGGUGGAGGACAGCCUGUUAGAGGAAGUGGGCCGCGGGAAGCAAGAAGUGGAGUUGUUGCAGCGAAGAUUGCAGCUGUCCGAGCUCAAACUCAAGGAGAGAGAAUGGGAGAAGAGCAGGAGAGGAAAAUGUACAGACUGUGGAAGGAGCAUUUUCCCCACUGAUGAAUCACAACCUGGUGGAGAGGAAUGUCCUGUUGUGAAGCAGGAGGAUGGAGUGGCUGGGAGAUGGGCCAGCUGUGGAAGGGAAGCCCCAGAAGCGGAACAGGAGAUUCCUUCCUCUGGCUCCGACAGAGAUUUCAAGGUUAUAGAAUUGACUGCUGUUCAACCUGCUGACCUGGUGAAGAAAGAAGUCAUCACAGAUCCAUCAGUGUCACAGGAUGCCGAGUCUGUCAUGGUCCACAGCUUCUCAGGAGACCAGCAGAAGGCUCAGAGGGAGAGCUUUGGUGUAUUGGGUGACUGUCAACUACCUGAGCCAGUGAUGAAGCAGCUAGAUAUGAAAAACCGUAAGAGUGGACCGAGUAAUCAGGACAGAGGAUCCUCAAGGAGUCACCCUAUUAGAACACACACUGACCCUGAUUUCAAAUCAGACCACACAACAACUGCUGUUUCUUCCCAGCACCAAUUAGGCAGCAACCCACAGUCCUCCACAGACUCUCUCAACACAAGGCAUCAUAUUGGGGCCUCGGACUCUGCAUCAGUAAAGCAGGAGGUUGUGGUUGUGUAUCCACAGUGGAGAGAGAAGGAAGAGGCACCCAGGGACAAUGUGGUUCUCAGUUCCUCCAAAGGAAAUAGGUCAAGGGUGGACAUUGUACCCCAGACUUCACCAAGUCGGCCCCAGGCAGAGGUUGUGAUGAAGAUCCCCCGUCCUCAGCUUCCAACAGACCGUCUGGCCUCUCAACCCAUGGAGCGCCAUGAGCCUGUUAGAAAACACAAUCCAGCCCUAGCGCAGCCAUCUGUGGUGACGGCCUCAAGCCUGGCCUCUGUGGAAGUGGACAGAAAUGCCUCUCUUUACAAGAGCUCUGCCACCAAGCCCAUCCAGCUCCAUCACCACCAGAGAGUUUACACUGGUGGCCGACGAAUCGGCGGCAUCCACGUGGCCAGAGGUUACCCACAGGUGGCGGGCAUCAAGACACACCUGAGCCACCACGCUGUCAAAGCGCCUCAUAGCUGCAACCAGUGUGGGAAAGGCUUCUCUCACCUGUGCCACUUGAGGGCGCACCAGCAGACCCAUACGGGUGAGAGGCCCUUCUGCUGUGCCCUGUGCGGCAGGAGCUUCACCAAACUCAGCAACCUGAAGGCUCACUGCAGGGUACACACAGGAGAACGGCCAUACAUCUGUUCGGACUGUGGGAAACGCUUCACCCAGAAGUGCAAUCUGAAGAGGCACCAGAGAAUCCACUCUGCUCAUCUAUGACAGGAUGGAUAGGCGGCUGUAGGUUUGGGCUCAAGUGAACAUGGAUAAUUUCUACUCAGAUAGCAAAUGUCAUAUCUGUAAUACACCAUUUACUAGCAGAGUUUUUAUUAUUACCACUACCUCUUUGUCUGAGAAUUGCUUAAUUGCCAACACCGGUUGGUAUCGACAGCAGAAGGGAUGACUCCAUAUGAGUGUUGUCAUACACCUCUGUUCAGAUAUUCCAUUAUCAUGUUAUCUAUUCAAUUACUGCGGUGUUGUAGUGGAUACUGAUGGUAGAGUGUUGAAGCAAUAAAUAUGUUUAUUCAUUUUUAUGUA